UGUUUGACUGGUUAAAGGUCCAAAUCUCAUUGUUUCGUACUGUGUUGUCCAUAAGUCCAUAGCAAAGCCAGGAAAAGCAUGCGACAAUGAAAAUGACAAUAGGGACCAUCUUAGCAGUCCUGUCGCUGUUUUGCUGCCUACAGUCGACCUGCGCACAGUCCCCGGCACUGACUGAGUUUAUGAACCACCUGAUAGGACUGGAGAAGAACAAACCGAUCGACUGGCAGAGCAGUCUGUACUUCCUUCUAACCGGUGACCUGGAUCCAGCGUGUUACAACCAAGCUUACACCGUGCACAAUGAUACUAUACUGGCCAAGAGCUACGCUACACUUAUGUUUGACAGCACGGGAAAACUCACCCCGUCAGGGUUCUUCCAAGGCAACUGGCUGGAACUGGGCAACUACAGAGAAUGUACGGUAGACGCCAGGAACGCCGGGGAUAGACCUGAAGAUAUCGAGCCCAUGUACUGUCUGGUACUGUGGGGAGGGAUACCGGCGGAGUUUAACGCUUAUGCCACGUACUACACACAAGGUGUGUGUGUUCCCAAGUCCUGCAGUGAUCGUGCGGUAGGAAAUUUAACAUGGACAGGCUUUCUUGGAGUGAAGCCGAUGCCAUCCUGGUUCCCGAUCGCCGUCUUCUGUCAGAGAGAGGAGACGUACGACACCUACUCAGCCGGGGCUGUCAUUGCAUUGAUCAUCGUUUCCCUCAUGCUCGGCGUCCUUGCCGUCAGUACGCUUUACGAGUUCAUCAUCACCCUGCGCUUUUCUGAGGAGGACAGGAAAUACUUAACCACUUCCGGGGUUGGCCGCUUCUGUCUGUCCUGUUCCGUGUACUCCAACACGAAGAAGCUAUUCAACACGUACCAGCCGCCCGGACAGCUCCCGGCACUGCACGGCAUCAGGGUCAUCAGUACGCUGUGGAUCAUCUACGGACACACCGACUUUUUCACUAUCGGCAACAUAGAAAUAUCUAACAAGUUGGAAAAAUCGCAAGCCAGCGACGAGUGGUGGUUCUUUAUCAAAGGCAACAUGGACAUGGCAGUCGACACAUUUCUUCUACUCAGUGGCUUGUUGGUGACGUACCUCUUCAUGAAGCAGAUGAAGAAGACCGGUGGAAAGUUUACAUGUAGAGACUAUGGUCUACACGUCUUACACCGUUAUUGGAGGCUGACCCCAGUGUACGCCUUCCUGAUCCUGCUGUUCGCCUGCUUCACGGCGUACCUGGGGUCCGGGCCGUGGUGGGCUCUACACGACGGCUGGACCAUGCCGGGUGUGCGGAACUGCCAGACCUACUGGUGGGCAAACCUGCUCUACGUCAACAACUAUGGCGGCUCGGGGUGCUUCGGGCAUGGCUGGUACCUUGCUGUGGACAUGCAGCUCUACGUGAGUCUUGCAGGAGUUCUCGUGGCACUCUACAGAAAGCCAAAAGUUGGAGUUGUAAUUUGCUGCGGCGGCAUGGCAUCUGGCGUGUUCCUGAGUGGAAUUCUGUAUCAUUUUGUUGUCAGUGAGGGAGGCGGAGACUACGUUGGUACUACCUACCAAUGGACGUUUACCAGAAUGGCGCCAUAUUUCAUGGGUAUGCUGCUGGGCUACUGGCUGUUCAAGACCAACCGAAAAGUCCCAAAUACUCCCAACACCACGAAGUUGAUGUUGCUGGGCUGGGUUCUGGGGACGGCCUGCGCCCUUGUGGCCCUGGUCACGCCGUUCCGUACACCCGAGGCUGACCUGCUCGGUAACCCCGCCUGGAGAACUUUCGACAGGAGUCUGUUCUCCGCCGGAGUCGCCUGGGUUGUGUACGCCUGCUGCGUGGGGUACGGAGGUAUUAUCUCGGAGUUUCUGUCAUGGAGCGGCUGGCUGCCGUUGAGCCGGCUGACCUACACGGCGUACCUCGUACAUCCCAUGAUCAUGCAGGUCUACUACAUGUCGUACAAGGGGGCGCUGCUGUACUCAGGAGUCAACUGGUGGUUCCUGUUCGUGAGUUUCUCCUUCCUGGCGUUUGUGUGUGGUUUCUGUGCGUCCAUGAUGGCGGAGGUUCCCUUCCUGGAGCUGGAGAAGUUCAUCCUGCCCACACGGAGGGGCAGACAGGGCAGGGACGUCGACAGAGAGGGAAGGGACACACAGGGCAAAUCUGAGACAAAGGCUGAGGAGAAUCAUGACGAGAGCAACCCAAACCUGCCCCUGCUCCACCAUGGCGGGUACGGCACAGUCGGCAACAACCGGACCGCGGGGAACGGUGAUGCCGACAAAGACACGCCUACCAUCAGGGCUACUAACACUGGAGACAACAUGACCAAGUCUGUCAACAUGGAGAGUCGCAGCAGAAAAGCCUUGAACCAGAAGCUGUUAGGCGCCACGCCGCGAGGUACACUGGUACUGCAGGCUCUACAGGUACCAGGUAUGGACGACGCGUGGAUCUUAAACAUGAAGACCACUGUGGCUGCCGUUCUUGCUCUGUAUUUGAUCUUUUGCUGCUCGCAAACCGUGUCUGCACAAGGGCCAGCCUUCUAUGAGUUCCUGGGUUACCUCUCCGGACUGGAGAGGAACAAGGCUGUCGACUGGAACUCCACUCUCUACCUCCUGUACACGGGUCAAGUCACACCAACGUGCUUCACCGAUGCCUACAGAGUCUAUAAUGAUACUAUACUGGUCAAGGCUUACGCAAGUAACAUGCUGGACAGUACAGGGAAGAUGACUCCAUCUGGGAUGUUCCAGGGAAACUGGGUUGCUAUAGGUGACUAUGAGGAGUGCACAGUAAACGCCAACAAUGCACCAGACAAGCCCAGCAACUUUCACACUAUGUACUGCACUAUAGCAUGGGGAGGAAUACCAGAGUUACUUGCUGCCGGAAACCAGUUCUAUGCACAAGGUGUGUGUGUUCCCAACUCCUGUACUGACAAGGAUGUUGGACUGCUCACAAGCACAGGUCUCCUUGGGGUGAAGCCCAUGCCAUCAUGGUACCCUAUAGGACUGACCUGUCAGAGAGAGGAAACUUACGCAAACUAUUCAAGCACUGCCAUUGCUGCUAUAGUCAUCAUCAGUAUCAUCCUCAUCAUUGUCACUGUCUCCAGUCUUUAUGAGUUCAUCAUCACAGUUUACUCUCCAGAUACAAAGAAAGCUUUGGAUGUCUCAGCGCGUGUUUUCCUGUCCUUCUCUGUGUUCACCAAUGCGAGGAAGGUGUUCAGCCUCAAGUCACCAUCAGGACAGCUCCCAGCACUCCACGGCAUACGAGUCAUCAGUACCCUGUGGAUCAUCUUUGGACAUACUAACUUCUUUACCCUCGGCAACAUCGAAAUAUCUAACAAACUGGAGAGAGAUGGUGCAAGUAAAGAGUGGUGGUACUUCAUACAGAACAACAUGGACAUGGCAGUGGACACUUUCCUCUUGCUCAGUGGCUUGCUGGUGACGUACCUGUUUAUGAAGCAACUGGCACAGACAGGUGGUGUGUUUACAUGGAGGGACUAUGGUCUGCACCUGUUACACCGAUACUUAAGGUUGACACCAGUGUACGCCUUCCUUAUCCUGAUCUACACCUGUCUGCUGGUGUACAUGGGAGAUGGACCUUACUGGGCCACGCCUAGUAACUGGGUCAUGCCUGGUAUCCAUGGCUGCCAGCAUUACUGGUGGACUAACCUGCUCUACAUCAACAACUACUUUGUUGACUCAGGAAUAGAGUGUUUUGGCUGGGGAUGGUACCUUGGUGUGGACAUGCAGUUGUAUGUGAUAAUACCAGGGGUCCUCCUACUGCUGUACAAGAAGCCCAAGAUCGGAGCCAUUCUCACCUGUGGUCUGAUUGUCCUCAGCUGGGUUCUGCAUGGGGUUUUGUACCACUUCCUUGUCUACUCCAUUGGAGACUAUAUUGAGACGACCUACAAGUACACGGUAACGAGGAUGGCACCAUACCUGCUGGGUGUGCUGCUGGGAUAUCUGCUCUUCAGAACCAACAGAACCCUUCCCAACAUUCCACACAGGAAGAAGCUGUUAUUGCUAGGCUGGUUUGUAGGCACAGUGUGCAGCCUGGCUGGUGUAGUGACUCCCGCAGCACUUUUCCAGAACACAGACCCACCAUACUACAUACAGAACGACCCUGCCUGGAGAGCUAUGGAGAGAAGUCUGUUUGCCACUGGUGUUGCCUGGGUCAUUUAUGUCUCCUCUGUAGGAUAUGGAGGUAUCAUCUCUGAGUUUCUGUCGUGGAGCGGCUGGCUGCCGUUGAGCCGGCUGACCUACACGGCCUACCUCGUACAUCCCAUGAUCAUGCAGGUCUACUACAUGUCGUACAAGGGGGCGCUGAUGUACUCAGGAGUCAACUGGCUGUUUUUAUUUAUUUCCUUCUCCUUCUUGGCAUUUGUGUGUGGUUUUUGUGCCUCCAUGAUGGCGGAGGUUCCCUUCCUGGAGCUGGAGAAGUUCAUCCUUCCCACGCGGAGGGGCAGACAGGGCAGGGACAGAGAGGGCACACCUGACCCUGACCCUGACCCUGAGAGAGUUGACGUGGAGCGACAACAAUACCAGCCUCUCCACCAGGGUGCUGUGGCAGACACACAGAUGCCAUACUAUGGCUCUGUAUCAACUUAACAAGAACAUCUGACAUCCUUGCAAGAAUAAAUGAUCUUGGGAAGUUUUUACUAUGAACUAUGCACUCAAUAAUCAGGUAGUUAUGUACUAAGUCAGUGGAGCUGAUAAUAUUCAAGCCAUAUCAGCUGUAUUUUUAAUCAUUUUGUGUCUGGUUUUUUCUCUGUACUGGACCUUACAUUUGUACAUAGAACAGCAGAGCUGACUCUUCCUGGAUUGUUACGAGAUUUCUUUUUGUUUUUUUGGACACACUAGUCAAGAAUGUAUUUCAUAGAUUAUUGGAGCUGACAAUGU